AUGAGAGAUGUAUCCGAGGCUGCAGUGAUGGCAGGAUCCGUCCUUCACAAGAAAGUGAGGGAAUUGGAUGCAUCAGCUAAGCAACCUUCACAGAUCAAUAAAACCAUUAGCAGCUCUAAUUUAUCAGCAACCAACAAAAGCCUAACUGUAGCAGAGAACAAAAAACCUACUAUUGCUGAUAAAAGUGCAUCUUCUGUAAAAGCUUUUAAUCAAUCAAGAUCAGAUAAGUCUGGGCCUCCCAAGGUUGGUGAUAUGGUGCAUGUCUCUUCCCUUGGGAAAAAGGUGACUGUUUUAAAAGUGGAUUUAUCCAAAGGAGAAAUUGUAGUUCAAGCUGGAAACAUGAAGUUGAAGCUGAAACUAACUGACAUUCAAAGAUAA